CUCUCUUUCUCUCUCUCUCUCUCUCUGGUCCUCUCGAUCGUAAACGCAGCAGCAACACAUUUUUCUGAGAGAUAUCAAUGGAUCAGAUGGAGUCUUGUGUCCCACCAGGCUUUAGAUUUCACCCAACAGAAGAAGAACUAGUGGGUUACUACCUGAGGAGAAGGAUGAACUCUCUGAAAAUCGAUCUAGAUGUUAUUGUUGACAUUGAUCUCUACAAAAUCGAGCCAUGGGAUAUCCAAGCCAAAUGCAAGCUAGGGUAUGAUGAAAGGAAUGAGUGGUACUUUUUCAGUCACAAAGACAAAAAAUACCCAACUGGAACACGUACUAACAGAGCCACUGCUGCCGGUUUCUGGAAGGCAACAGGAAGGGAUAAGGCCGUGCUCUCAAAGAACCUAAUCAUAGGGAUGAGAAAGACUUUGGUUUUCUACAAGGGAAGAGCACCCAGUGGUCGGAAAACCGACUGGAUCAUGCAUGAAUAUAGGCUACAAACAUCUGAAAAUGGACCUCCUCAGUGGCAACUACAGGAAGAAGGAUGGGUCGUGUGUAGGGCAUUCAAGAAACCCAGUCCUAAUCAUAGACAAGGUUUUGAAGCUUGGGCUCAUGGGUACUAUCACAGAGAUAACAGCCAAGUUAGACUUCCAGCAUUUUCAGAUUUAGUAGGCAGUACAACAAAUGAAGAGGUUAAUCCAAAUCAAGCUGCAACUUUUGAUGAUCAUCAACCUAUCAUGAUCAAUUCAGUACUUCAAGAUCAGCUUGUUUGCAGCCAUGGUACUAAUCUUUUGACCAACCAACUGACUGAGCUACCGCAACUGGAUAGCCCUAGUACUCUAUCAACCAGUUUGGCAACAAAAGAAGGUAAUUUACAGCACAAAUAUGGUAUCGCCCUUAAUGAAGAUUUCGACGACGAAAGGAGCAGUAUUACCAGCCAUUACAUUGACUGGAGAAAUUUGGAUGACUUGCUAUCAUCACAAUUCAGUAGUACUACUGCCACAACUAAUUCCUUUCCUCAUCCAAACUUGCCUUUGAUAGCCCAGGAAAAUGAAGUGCUAGAAGCUCAAAAUUACAAUGCAGGUGGCCAUUUCCUUGGGUGCUUUCCUGACUUGUAACAAAGCUCACCCGCAGCAUCCAUGCACCAUCUUUAUCAGUAAGAUGAUGCAUGAUUUCAUCAUAAUAAUAAUCUUUUAGAAUUAAGGUAGUUGAAUUCCCGUGUAGAAUUUUCAAAGAGAUUACAUACUCAUGAAAACACAUAUGAACUAGAGAAAGAGCACUCAUGAAUUUGAUUUGAUGAUGGGAGACUUCCUGCAGAUCAGUAAAAUCUGAUCCUACAGUCUUAGGGUUUAUCUAGGUGAAAGUUUUCACCAGCUUAAUUACUUGUGUGUGAUAUUAUUAUUAUUUUUAACUGUAAA